AUGGAUUUUGCAAUACGAGUCUCCGAAUUUCACCCCGAAUUUUGGCCGUACCUCGAAAACGGAACUAAUAUUUAUCCGUUCCAGCUGACGAGACGGCUGGGAAAACUCCCGGACAGCCUCGAAUUCACACUAAAGCACAAGAUUGAGGGCUUUACUGUCGAUUUAUUCUUCCUCUACGAUGACAAGAAUAUUACUUACAUAACCUCACAACAUGGAAAUUUGAAACGAGUUCGAUUCGUGUAUCCAAGGGAGCUAUUCGAAGAAACCUGCUCCGCCGAGCUACAUGGACACAUUUUCUAUGUGCCCUGCCGAGCCGAAGAGGUUAUUGAGCAAGAAUACAACAAAACAUGGACCAAAGAAAUCGUCGCCGAGAAAUUCGCCGUGGACCGCCUUUGGCUGUUCCAGCAGCACAACGCAGUUAUGAUAUCCGCCCUCGCCUGUCUCAUGGAGCUUCCGAUCGUACUUGGAUUCUUGGCCGCAUUCUUGCCGCUACUCGUCUAUGCAGCGCAGAAACCACAAAAACGAACAGGCGCUCGUGGCAAUGAGUUGCCCUUCCUCUCGUGCAGCGGUUGCUGGCUACCGUACAGCAAAGGAAACUCUGCAUCCCGAACCCCAAUGAUGUUGAGAAAUGGUACGAUCCGAUGCUCCCGCUGCGUCCAAUACAGCGGGGCCCCUGCCGCCAAAACAGCUGAAUUCAUCACCGAGAUCCUAUCCUCUACGCCAAUCGAGCUAGAAACCGGAAGCUGGUUCUGGAUCUGCAAAUUCUUUCCUUUGAGCUGUCGCAGCUGCCUGGGGACGGAGCAUCUGAUCGUACUUUCCUGCGGCCACAUUAGCUGUGAAGGCUGCCGACGUCGCUGUCUGGAGUGUGGGUAUGGUACCCGAGCAGAGGUUGGCGGGGAGCUGAUGCAGUUUUAUGAAGCGUACGCAAAGGUAACCACUGACCUCACACAAGCUGUCCGUCUUCGAAGCCUCGACUCCGUGCGCCGAUGCUCCAAUUGCCCACGCGAGGAUUGGCUCGGGGAGACGGUCCACUGUCAAGGAUGCUCGACAUCUCUCUGUGGAUUCUGCGCCGUGACGCAACACGCAGAUCACGCCAUCGAGCCACUGUCCAGUGCUGAACUCCGGGCCAAAAAGAACCAGACCUUGGUCCAAACCCUUCGUCAAAUCCAGGAUCGAUG